AUGCUUCCCAGGACGAUAUUCUCGGCGUUCCGCCCGAUUUCACGGCCAACGGCUCUGCGCCCAGUUCGCUCCGCAGCCGUUCCGUUGCCCUCGAUCUUCCAUGCACGCUUUCUGUCCUCGGAAACCCGGGCGGCUAUCGAUAAAGCGGUUGCCUCGGCCCCGGUCGUUCUUUUCAUGAAGGGCACCCCCGAGACCCCACAAUGCGGCUUCUCGCGUGCGAGUAUCCAGAUCCUGGGUCUGCAGGGGGUUGAUCCUAGGAAAUUUGUUGCCUUCAACGUGCUCGAAGAUUCAGAGCUGCGUCAAGGCGUGAAAGAGUACUCGGACUGGCCCACGAUCCCGCAGCUCUACCUCGAGAAGGAGUUUGUCGGUGGAUGCGAUAUUUUGAUGUCCAUGCACCAGAAUGGAGAACUUGCCAAAUUAUUGGAAGGCAAGGGUGUCUUGGUGGCGGCGGAUCAGUGA